AAUUGCUUUGAAGAAGUAUCCGCGACGCACAUUGUCCAGAGCACUCAUCCGGAAGUACGAGGGAUGCUGAUGAUGACACCCAUUCGCCUCAAAUGAACAACAAUAACAGCAGCCACCAGUCUCAACCACACGAGGACAGUCAAUGCUUAAGCCGCCUGGACUAUAUCACUCCAUCCGUUAUCAAUCUGCUCCGGCUUGCCAAUGCGUAACAGCCCUGUAAACUGAUGAGGCUUGGGAUGAAAGAGGAGUGAGCCCCACAUCUUCUGCCCUGUGGACAUCCUCCUGAGUCAGCCCCCCUCACUCCCCCGCCGCCACAGCAGUGCCGCCAUUUUCUUCCUCACGUCGGGCCCACCAGAGCGCUUCGAAUCUGUUUCUCCAACGCUUCUUCCAGAAGCUCAGACUGUUUUCCAGAGCAGAAGCUGCUCAGCCCUCCCUGCCAGAGGUGAUGGGAAUUGUGCGAUCCAACUGCUACAGCAUUGUGUCAUCAGAGGAGGACGGAAUGAAACUCGCCACCAUGGCGGUGCCCGCCGGCUACAAAAACGGGAAGGGGAAGGUGCAGACGCGGCACUGCCCGCAGAGCCGGUUCGCGAAGAAGGACGGCCACUGCAAUGUGCACUUUGUCCACGUCAGCGAGAAGGGCCAGCGCUACCUGGCAGACAUCUUCACUACCUGUGUGGACAUCCGCUGGAGGUGGAUGAUUGUCAUCUUCUGCCUGGCCUUCAUCCUGUCCUGGCUGUUCUUCGGCUGCAUCUUCUGGCUGGUGGCCAUCUUCCACGGGGACUUGGAGAACAAUGGCCAGAAGUGCGUCUCCAACGUGAGCAGCUUCACCGCCGCCUUCCUGUUCUCCAUCGAGACGCAGACCACCAUCGGCUACGGCUACCGCUACGUGACCGACGAGUGUCCCGUGGCUGUGUUCCUGGUGGUCUUCCAGAGCAUCAUGGGCUGCAUCAUCGACACCUUCAUCAUCGGCGCCGUCAUGGCCAAGUUGGCCAAGCCCAAGAAGAGGAACGAGACGCUGGUGUUCAGCCACAACGCCACGGUGGCCAUGCGGGACCACAAGCUGUGUCUGAUGUGGCGUGUGGGGAACCUGAGGAAGAGCCACCUGGUGGAGGCCCACGUGCGCGCGCAGCUCCUCAAGUCGCGCACCACGGCCGAGGGCGAGUUCAUCCCGCUGCACCAGAUGGACAUCGACGUGGGCUUCGACAGCGGCAUGGACCGCAUCUUCCUGGUGUCGCCCAUCACCAUCGUGCACCAGAUCGACGAGCACAGCCCCUUCUUUGACAUGAGCAAGCAUGGGCUGGAGACGUCCGAGUUCGAGAUCGUGGUGAUCCUGGAGGGCAUGGUGGAAGCCACGGCCAUGACCACGCAGUGCCGCAGCUCCUACCUGUCCUCUGAGAUCCUGUGGGGGCACCGCUUCGAGCCAGUGGUCUUCGAGGAGAAGAACUACUACAAGGUGGACUACAUGCACUUCCACAAGACGUACGAGGUGCAGAGCACACCGCUGUGCAGCGCCCGGGACCUGGCCGAGAAAAAGUACAUCCUGUCCAACUACAGCUCCUUCUGCUACAAGAAUGAGAUGGCGCUGGAGAUCAAGGAGGACAAGGACGAGGGCAACGGCGGCAGCGUGGGCCCUGACGGCACGCAGACGGACAAUAUCUCCGGGACGGAGAACCAUCACCUGGCGCCCACGGUGCCGCUAGGGCUGCGCUCGCUGAUGCGAGAGUCUGAGAUCUGAGGGCCCUGAUCUCUUAUCUCUGACUGCGCAGCAGGCAGACCCCCUGCUGGGAAAGACGUGCAGCUCCCGCUCAGAACGGCACAAUGAGCUGAGCUCGUGAGGAGCCGGUUCAGCUAAUGGUACUGCUGUUGGAAGAGCUGUUAUUUUGUAUUGUUUUUUCUUUUUACUUGGAUUGCAUACGACAAGAUGUGUGUGCCAGUAUGACAAAAGACACUACUAUGAACCAUGUGCAUGCUGACGGCAGGAGCCCUCCGUACCAAGUGCCCAUGAUGAUUUUGUGUCUACUGCAAGGUCACAUACAGUGCGAUUACAUGAAACUCGAGAAAAUGUAAUUAUUGGCUUAGUCCUAUGAUUGUAUUAUUAAGAUGCAUGUAUACACCUUAGUCGGACUGAAGUCGAAUCGAAUCGGGUUACUCAUAGUUAAGAGUUAAGACCCCCAGAUUAUUCGAUUGUUAGUCGAAUUAAGCGUGCAUGUAUACGGUCAAUCGGAUGGAAUCGGAUUUUGUGUUCUGUGCAUGCUCGAGAUUUUUCCCGGGGGCCAUGAGCCGGAAGUAUAAGGAGACGAUAGUCGUGUUGUUGUCCCCGUCGGAAAACCUCCCUGUUUAGGGAAAACCUCCCUAUUUAAAAAGCUAGCGAAGAACAUGGUAGGUGUCGUGCCAAUGUAGAUACCCCCUAUAAGAAGUGUAUCAUCAACAUGCAUUCAGGGCAAAAUACGCUUCUGUUACGAGAGUAGAGUAUGUGUGUGUGUGAGAAUGGCAGUGUUUGUGUGUGAGUGACUUCAGUGAGUGAGUGGACGAGCGAAGAGACCGAGCGGUUGUGCGUGUCAGUUUUUAUUGAAUGCACGAGUCCGGUUGUGUCUGUGCAAACGUGUACUGUUAAGUUAGUGGAACUACGAGUAAAGUACCCAGCCUGUCAAUAAUCGUGUCUGCUUCAUUCCGCUUCAUUAAAGCCUUAUAAGCAGACCCACUGCCGGUCAAAGUGAAGGGUGAUACCCCCGAGAGAACAUCGGCCCUGGAGGGAAAGUCUCCCCUGUGUCUGGUCUAGGAGCUGACAGCAGGAAAGGUUUAACACUUCGAAUUCACCCUGUUGGUCAUCAACGAGGUUGUAAAGUAGUAACA